GACUGCAACACGUUUUCAGAUCCCUGAAAUGUUGAGGGAAAUGUUACUCAUGGUUCUCUAUUCGUGUGUCUGCUGUUUAGUGGGUGUGUUUGGUGAUGAAGUGAAGUCAGUGUCAGUGAUGGAGGGAGAUUCUCUUACUCUAUACAUUGAUAUUAAACUACAGAGAGAUGAUGUGAUCGAGUGGAGAUUUGGAGAUAAAGGUACUCUUAUAGCUAGAAUAAAUAAAACAGCUAAUAUAGUCAAAAUAAAUGUCAAUGCUUUUGAUGGGAGAUUCAUAGACAGACUGCAGGUGAAUAAUCAGACUGGAGAUCUCACCAUCACAAACAUCACAACUCAACACACUGGACUUUAUCAAGUAACCAGCAGAAAGACACCCAAUACGCCAUACAGAUUCAAUGUUACUGUCUAUGCUCAUCUACCCAUUCCUGUCAUCACCACACAAAACUCUUCAUCAUCAGAAACAUCAUCAUGUGUGUUAUUGUGUUCAGUGUUGAAUUGUCUGGAUGAUUCUUACAGAUGUGUGGUGAAUAAUACCGUUAGUAACCAAACUCAACAUCGCAACAUCACUCAUCUCUGUCAGACGAGUUCAGCUGUGAUCCGGUUGGUGCUCGUCGCUCUGGUAGUUGUGGCUACUGUAGCUGUUUUAGUUUAUGACAUCAGAUCCAGAAGAGCCGAACAGAAGGAGGAAGUUCAAACAUCACCAUCAGACUGA